AUGUCAAAUGCAAAAAAUAAUACAAAUCCACAUCCUAUAACUAAUGGAACUAACGGAAGUGACGUUUUUGGGGGAAAUGACGGGAGUACUAUAACAAAAACUACUAAUACAAAUAGUGGAGGAAGUACUAAUUCUAAUUGUAGUAAUAAUAAAGCUGCAGCCCUUUUACAAUUUCAACAGCAAUUAUUACUUCAACAACAACAACAAAAUAAUCAUCAGAAAAAGGGUACCCAAGCACGUGAUCAAUUAGCGGCAUUAUUUAAUCGCCUCGUUGUUGAUGAUUCAACACCCCGUUCCCGUCCUCAUCGUAAAAUAUCUACUCCCGUAAUGGCACAAAGUAUGACUGCAUCUAUGUAUGGAAAUAUGAAUGGAGAAAAAAGUGGGGGAAGAAGAAACAGCAAAAAAAGUAGUAAGCCGAAUUCGCCAAUUAGUCCAAAUAAUGAUUCAAAGGGACAUUUUUUUGCAAAGUUUGGUAAAGCAAUACGCCGUAGAAGCGUUAGUGCUGAUGAAUCUAUGUUUCGAAAAAGAGUCGGUACGGUUUCAUCGAUAGAUUCCUCUCAGGGAGGUGAAGAAAGUUUAUCUCCAAAUACCCGUUCAAGAAAGACUAGUGCUUUGAAUCGAAUGAAAGAACGUUUAAAUAAAUGGAAAAUAUCUGGAUAA